UGAAAACAUUGCAACCUGAAAGACGUUCUAUUAAUUACUGCGCUCAAUUAUAAUCGCUGAUAGUUUCCAUCUACCUUGCUCAACCGAUCUUCGCCAUGUCGGACCCCCCACCACGAAGGAGACGCUCGUCUCUCGCAUACGAUCCAGCACGAGACACCUUCAAAGAGAUUCCUGACACAAAGGUUGAAGAAGCUAUUGUUGAGGAAGAGUCUGAGCAGCCUAGAAAGAAGAGGAGAUCAGAAUCACCUGAAAGAGAACCCAAAGAUGAGCUCCAGAAGGACUCCGCUCCAAACACAUCCCCCGAUCCACCAAAGCAACGCUUGUCCGUGUCGCCCUCGAGACGCGCAAAGCAGUCUCCCAAACCUGCGGCGAAUGGGGACCGGUAUCCCAAAGCUUCUCCGAGAACGCCUGCCGAUCUGCCACGCAUACCGCGCAAGCCCAGAGAGGAUGGUGAAGUCUCUGCGUCUCGGCCUACCUCUUCAGCCUUUAGUCGACGCCCUCUACCAGAUGAGCGAAGAAGCAGACCCCGAUCACGUUCCCCACGACGUCGGUCACCGUCAAAUAUCUAUCGUCGUCGCUCGCCGGCCCGGGAACGACCGAAAUCCCCCUCUCCGAUUCGAGACUCCCCUCCGAGAGAGAUCAUCCGCCCCGGCGGAGCUCGAGGACGGGGACGCAAUGUCUUGGCAGAACAACAGAGACUUGCUGCGGAAAGAGAACAAAAGAGCGCAGGUCUGGUAAGCCAUACGAAUCGGGGUGUUCAAGAAGUCUCGAAUCAAUUUUACAACGCACGACCAGAGUGGGUUAAAGAGCGUGGCCGCGAUUGGCGAAGGAAUGAAUCACAGAUCAAAGGGCUCCGCAGCUUCAAUAACUGGGUCAAAUCAUGUCUAAUACAACGAUUCAGUCCUGUAGAAAAGCAACAAGUCGAGGAAUUGGGAUGGGGAGAAGAAGCCAAGGAGCCUGAAGAGCAAAAGCCUCUGCUUGUGCUGGAUGUAGGGUGUGGUAAAGGAGGUGAUCUUGGAAAAUGGCAACUUGCUCCUCAGGUCGUUGGCCUUUAUGUCGGUCUGGACCCUGCAGAGACCAGUAUUUCCCAAGCACGCGAACGGUACCAAUCGAUGAGACGUGGACGCAGACCCAUCUUCGACGCCUACUUUCUCCCACAAGACUGCUUUGGUGCUUGGAUUGGUGAUGUCGGGAUUGUGCGAGAAGUGGGGAUCGACCCGAAUGCUGGCAAUGGACAACCGAGUCGCUGGGGUGGCGGCGGCUUUGACGUCGUUUCAGCCAUGUUCACCAUGCAUUAUGCCUUUGAAUCAGAAGAGAAGGUAAAAAUGAUGCUCAGGAACAUUGCGGGCGCCCUCAAAAAGGGCGGACGAUUCAUCGGAGUUGUCCCGAACAGCGAUGUCUCUGCCGGGCAUAUUCGCGCCUGGUUUGCGGACAGAGGGAAGAAUGCUAGCAACGCCGAUGGACAGAAUGGUGUGCCGAAGGAAGAGGGCGAGGCAGAAGAUGAUGAUGAUGAAGGCCCGACUUGGGGAAAUUCCAUCUACAAGGUCAGAUUUCCCAUGGAUCCUGCCCGACCCCUGAAUCCUGAUGGAUCAUUCCGGCCACCUUUCUCAUGGAAAUAUACCUACUGGAUGGCUGAGGCCGUGGAUGUGCCUGAAUUUGUGGUUCCCUGGGAAGCAUUCCGUGCUAUUGCAGAGACAUACAAUCUUGAACAGAGAUACAGAAAACCGUUCCUUGAUGUUUGGGAAACGGAGCAAGGGAACAGAGAAAUGAUGGCUCUGGCUUCACGAAUGGGUGUUACCAGAUACGAAGGGGGUGAUUUACUCUUGAGCCCCGAGGAGAAAGAAGCCGUUGGCUUCUAUCAUGCUUUUUGCUUCGUCAAGGUCUAAGCAGGUAGCACUGGUGUACUUGCUAAAGACGAAAAGCGUCAAUAAAUCACGAAAUUCACGAGACCAGACUUUUACGGGUUAGGUUUGCAAGUAUUGCCUACUAGGUCAGAGAUUCACACCUAAAAAAUUCGAAACAUAGGUUAGGAUCUGGGGAAUAUCGCUGAG